AUGUCAUUUCAGCUUCACCUUUGACAUGUUUGAAGGAUCACCUUGGAAAGGGUAAAAACUCACCUUAUCCCUGAGUGGUACAUUUUCUUUUUCUCUUUGGAUGGAGUUGUUGGCUGCAACAACCGAUACACUUGGUUGUAUGUUGCUCUUAGACACUCAAGUCACUUCUUGUGAUGCAACUGUGAAAGUGAUGCAAACUGCUUGUUCAUGGAGAUGUUAGUCAGUAGAGAUUGCCCAUGUGAAGUUCCUCUUACUAUUAACCAACAGAGUGACCAUUGCCUCUAUCUAGCUAGUCAUGCACGGAUGCAUCUUGGAAAGGAAUUCUUGAGGUUUGACGCCACGAAUCGCACAACUCUGAGCAGGUUCCACCUAGUUGUGCGUUUCAUUUGGUAAUAUAACACUUACCUAGUAAGUCUGAGGACUCACCACAAAUGACAUGAUAUAAUCCAUGCUACCAUUGGCGACACUUGCAGGGGUGAAUGCUUUUACACCAACUGAAACGAGCCGACAGCCCAACUUUCUUAUAAUGUCGUCGGUCAAUCACAUGGCAUCCCCAAUCGUUGGAUUUGUGCCUUAAAUUAACAAGGCAUAGGAUGUUGCAUUAGUUAGAAACUUGAUUAAAUUUUCAUGUUGUAAUUAUUGAAUUUGAAUUUUAAGAUGAACGAGAAAAAAGUGUGAGAACUGAGAAGCAUAUGGAUAAUUAUUUUUUAUUGUGUUGCUUAUUGUGUUGCUUAUUAUGUAAAAGAGUUUUUUGAAUUUUUAAUUUUAAAGUACAAGUUAAUUAAGUAGAUUUUUUUAU